UGUUUCUCUCUCUCUCUCUCUCUCUCUACGCCCGAAGACCCCCCCGGCAACGUUCUUCCGUCUUCGCCGCUCGCACACUCCCGGCGGCGCAUUCUUUGCCGUUCGCAUAUCUCGAUGGAACUCCGGCAGCGGCGCUUUCAGCAGAGUGUGAUGUGAUUUUUCUUACAGAAAUUUAGGUAGAUUGCAUCCCGCUCAACUUCCUCCCCGUCGAGCAAAAUAUCUUUGUGAGUAAGAUGCGGCCCUUGCGCAAGUAGAGUUGCGGAAAAGAACAUCUAUAAGUAGGGCUUGGGAGGACAACGAGAAGACCGAAGCCGAGAAUAAGUAAGAUGGUCUCACACUUUGCAGCUUCAUCUUCUUCGAGCUUAACAGUGUUUAAAAAAGCCCAAGGCGCACCUAGGCGCAAAGGGCUGUUGGAGCCUAGGCGCAAGGCGCAGGCGCGCGCCCGAGAGAGAUCAAUGUCUCUUCGAGGACACAUGCCACCGCCGCUGGAAGGGCGACCAAUUCAAGCCCCAGGGAUGAUGCGCCACGGACCUUUCCCUAGCAUUGCCUCUGCCAAUCACCUCCACCCGCUAGACCCUGUACCACCACCCCCACUACUAGCAGCAUCACCAACUAUCUUGGAAGAAAAGGUAGCAGUUCAGGAAGCUGAGAUGGAAAGACUUGCAAUAGAAAAUCAGAGACUAGCUGCAAGCCAUGUAACCUUGAGGCAGGAACUUGUUGCUACCGAGAGAGAAAUGCAAAUGCUGCAAGCUCAAAUGGCUAGUAUCCACACUGAGAGUGAUAUCCAAAUUAGGGCCUUGCUUGAGAAGAUUGGGAAAAUGGAGGUAAAUAUCCGUGCUGGUGACUUGUUGGAGAAGGAAUUGCGACAAGUUCACAUGGAGGCCCAGGCUCUCUUUUCUGCAAGAGAGGAACUCACGGCUGAAAUCCGACAAGUUACUGAAGAACUACAGAAAGCUUCUACUGAGCGAAGAAACUUGCCUGAGAUGUGCACUGAACUAGAUGCCUUGAGACAAGAGCAUCAAAAAUUACGGACCGCAUUCGAGUAUGAAAAAGGUUCAAAUAUAAAGCAAGUGGAGCGAAUGCAAGCAAUGGAGAAUAACCUAAUAUCAAUGGCCCGAGAGGUCGAGAAACUUCGAGUGGAAGUGUUGAACGCUGAGAAAAGAGCACAGGGGCCAAACCCUUAUCGAGGUGCAUUUACAACUCCAGGCCUUGCACAUCCUGCAAUAGGGCAAGGCAGCGGACACCCCAACAAUGCAUUUGUCCAAAGUGGUGGCAAUAAUGCAGGUGUUAGUUAUGGCCAUAGUGGUAACUAUUCCGCCUCUACUUUUGUUAGUGGGGGGCCACCUAGCUAUGCUGAUGCCUAUGGAAUAUCUCAGAACCUCGCAAGUAGUGGGGCAACGGCGGAGGGAACAAAUAUAUAUAGUGGUUUGACUGCUGCUGUAUAUUCUGAUGGCUACGGAAGGCAAACAAUUCCAGUUAUUAAUGCGACAACAGCCGGAGAGGGAUUGAACCCCUAUAGUAGUACAAAUGUUCCAACUUCGUAUGAUUUAACAAGAGGAGCUCCAUCGUCCACUAAUGGGUAGAGGUAUUCGGCAUAUUGAAAGAAACUUCAAUACAUUUGCCAUAAGAUUUAGCCUUGUGCUUAAUCAUUUUAGGCUUUGUGAGAAUUCUAGAGUAAUCUAGGAUGAUGUGCUGCACUUCUCACCUGCUUCACUAUCAUCACUAGCUCUGAAUUUUUUUACCUUUGGUACAUAUAGGCUUUAUGGCGUGACUAUGUCUUGUUAUUUAUCUUUGUAUCAUGAUCGAAGUUCUUCAUGCCAGUUGGACAUUCUAGUUUUGAGCUGAUAUGGCGUAGUUAUAAAAUUGCUCGGCUUGGAUGAGCAUAGCCCACUCACAUUCUGGUAAAGAUUAUGUUUCAUACACUAGAAUAUAAGAAAUUUCUUAUGUUUCAUCUACCUUAA